AUGGGCCGGGAGGGCAGCUUCAUUCAGCGCGCCGCGCCGCGGAGCGACGGCGACGGCGACGUGCCGCGGAGCGUGUGCGAGCGCGUCGCCGCGGGCCAGAUCUGCUCGUUGAUUCUGCUCCCGGGCGGCUCCGACGCGCCGCGGACCUUCGAGCGCGAGAUCAUCGCCUGCCUCGGGACGCCGACGUGCCGCCUCCGGAGCCUCGAUCUGCGACGGGUCGACGUGCCGCCCCUCGACGACCUCUUCGACAUCCGCGUCGUCGACGUCCUCGCGCCGACGCUCGAGGAGGUGCGGAUCAUCGGGCGCGGGGACCGCCCGCUUGGCGCGCUCCCGCCGACGAUCGGCGGCCUCCGGUCCCUCGAGGUGCUCGUCGUCAGAGGCGAGCUGCCCGCGGGGUUGCUCGAGGGCGAGAUCCCGCCGCAGAUUGGCAAGCUCAAGCGGCUCAGGAAUCUGCACCUCGACGAAAACGCGCUCGUCGGCCCCAUUCCGCUGACGCUCGCCGAGUGCCCGGAUCUCAUUAACGUGAACCUCGCGGACAACGAGCUCACGGGGCGGCUC